CGUUCGCUGUGUACUCAAACUCAGCGGAGAGUAAUGGCAUGAGCAAACCAUUGCAAUCAGGACAAGCAAAAGCGCACCGUGGAAACUACGCUACUACUGCUUAAACUUAUUUCAUUGUGCAUGAUACCUAAAACAGGGCGAAGGCACCCGGAGGAAACGUUAUAAUCACAUCGAAAAUAUUGUACAUCGAAAACUGUCACACGCGGACGUUUCUUCGUUUUUUCAGCUAAAAAGAGGAUAUGUUGUUGGACAUGUGAAUUAUAGGAGUUACUGCCACUCGCCCCCAAAAUGAAGCUCGCCUGCUUACAGUAUUUCUUCGGCUUUCUCUUCACUUCUGUCCUGGUUCGUGUGAGCUCUUCACAGUCAGUAUGUGCCGGGACGGAGAACAAGCUGAGCACGCUCUCGGACCUGGAGCAGCAGUACCGCACCCUGCGCAAGUACUACGAGAACUGCGAGGUCGUCAUGGGCAACCUGGAGAUCACCAGCAUCGACCGCAACCGCGACCUGUCCUUCCUCAGGUCCAUCCGGGAGGUGACGGGGUACGUGCUGGUGGCUCUGAACCAGUUUGACUACCUGCCGCUGGAGAACCUGCGCAUCGUCCGGGGCAACAAGCUGUACGAGGACCGCUACGCGCUCGCCAUCUUCCUCAACUACCGCCGCGACGGGAACUUCGGCCUGCGCCAGCUGGGCCUCCGCAACCUCACAGAGAUCCUGAACGGCGGCGUGUACGUCGACCAGAACAAGUUCCUGUGCCACGCCGACACCAUCCACUGGCAGGACAUCGUGAAGAACGCCCGCUCGGAGCUCCUGGUGGUGCCCACCAACAGCAGCAGCGGAUGCGGUCGCUGUCACCGAUCCUGCAAUGGCCGUUGCUGGGGACCCCGGUCCGAUGAGUGCCAGAUCUUGACGAAGACGGUGUGCGCCGAGCAGUGCGACGGCCGCUGCUUCGGCCCCUACGUCAGCGACUGCUGCCACCGGGAGUGCGCCGGGGGCUGCUCCGGGCCCAAAGACACCGACUGCUUCGCCUGCACCAACUUCAACGACAGCGGCGCGUGCGUGACCCAGUGUCCUCAGCCUUUCGUCUACAACCCCACCACCUUCCAGCUGGAGCACAACCCCAAGGCCAAGUACACCUACGGAGCGUUCUGCGUCAAGAAGUGUCCACAUAACUUUGUGGUGGAUCACAGCUCCUGCGUGCGCGCCUGUCCCAGCAACAAGAUGGAGGUGGAGGAGAACCGCAUCAAGCGAUGCAUGCCCUGCAACGACAUCUGUCCCAAAGCGUGCGACGGCAUAGGCACCGCCUCCCUGCAGUCGGCGCAGACCGUGGACUCCAGCAACAUCGACAAGUUCGUCAACUGCACCAAGAUCAACGGCAACCUGGUCUUCCUCAUCACCGGGAUCAAGGGUGAUGUUUAUCAUGGCAUAGAGGCUCUGGACCCAGAGAAGCUCAACGUGUUCCGAACCGUGAGGGAAAUUACAGGGUUCCUGAACAUCCAGUCCUGGCCGGAGAACAUGACAGACCUGAGUGUCUUCUCCAACCUGGCAACCAUUGGUGGAAGGUCACUGUACAGUGGUAUCUCCCUGCUGAUCCUGAAGCAGCAGUGGAUCUCCUCCCUGCAGCUGCAGUCGCUGAGCGAGAUCAGCGCCGGCAACGUCUACAUCACCAACAACAGCCAGCUCUGCUACUACAACACGGUCAACUGGACCAGCCUCUUCCGCACCGGCAACCAGAAGGUCCUGAUCCGGAACAACCGCGAGCCCAGGGAGUGCACCCUGGAGCGGAUGGUAUGCGACCCCUUGUGCUCGGACAGAGGGUGCUGGGGCCCGGGACCGGACCAGUGCCUGUCCUGCCGCUUCUUCAGCAGGGGGCGCAUCUGCGUGGAGUCCUGCAACCUGUACGAAGGGGAUGUGCGUGAGUUUGCCAACGGCUCGGUCUGCCUGGAAUGCGAUGCCCAGUGUGAGAGGGCUGAGGACGACAUGCUGACGUGCCACGGCCCGGGUCCCGAUCACUGCGUUAAGUGCUCCCACUUCAAAGACGGCCCCAACUGCGUGGAGAAGUGCCCGGAUGGCCUGCAGGGGGCCAACAGCUUCAUCUUCAAAUACGCAGAGGCCAACAAGGAGUGCCACCCCUGCCACACCAACUGCACGCAGGGGUGCAUUGGACCCCGGAUACAAGACUGCGUGGGGAUGAUGGACAGAACUCCCCUCAUAGCGGCUGGCAUUAUUGGGGGUCUGUUUGUGGUGGUCAUCGUGGCGCUGAGCGUGGCCAUCUACAUCCGUCGCAAGAGCAUCAAGAAGAAGAGGGCCCUGCGUCGCUUCCUGGAGACAGAGUUGGUGGAGCCGUUGACCCCCAGUGGCACGGCCCCUAACCAGGCCCAGCUGCGCAUUCUGAAGGAGACGGAGCUGAAGAGGGUGAAGAUCCUGGGGUCCGGAGCCUUCGGCACCGUCUACAAGGGUAUCUGGGUGCCGGAGGGGGAAACGGUGAAGAUCCCGGUGGCCAUAAAGAUUCUGAAUGAAGCCACAGGACCGAAGGCCAACGUGGAGUUCAUGGACGAGGCCCUGAUCAUGGCCAGCAUGGAGCACCCCCACCUGGUGCGGCUGCUGGGCGUGUGCCUGAGCCCCACCAUCCAGCUGGUGACCCAGCUCAUGCCCCACGGCUGCCUGCUGGACUACGUGCACGAGCACAAGGACAACAUCGGCUCCCAGCUGCUGCUCAACUGGUGUGUCCAGAUCGCCAAGGGCAUGAUGUACCUGGAAGAGAGGCGGCUGGUGCACCGGGACCUGGCCGCCCGGAACGUUCUGGUGAAGUCGCCCAACCACAUCAAGAUCACCGACUUCGGCCUCGCCCGCCUGCUGGACGCCGACGAGAAGGAGUACAACGCCGACGGGGGCAAGAUGCCCAUCAAGUGGAUGGCAUUGGAAUGUAUCCACUACAGGAAGUUUACCCACCAGAGUGAUGUGUGGAGCUACGGGGUGACCAUCUGGGAGCUGAUGACUUUCGGGGGGAAGCCCUACGACGGGAUCCCCACGCGCGAGAUCCCCGACCUCCUGGAGAAGGGCGAGCGCCUGCCCCAGCCCCCCAUCUGCACCAUCGACGUCUACAUGGUCAUGGUCAAAUGCUGGAUGAUCGACGCCGACAGCCGGCCCAAGUUCAAGGAGCUGGGGGCGGAGUUCUGCAGAAUGGCCCGGGACCCCCAGCGCUACCUGGUCAUCCAGGGUGAUGACCGUAUGAAGCUGCCCAGCCCCAAUGACAGCAAGUUCUUCCAGAGCCUUCUGGACGAAGAGGAGCUGGAGGACCUGAUGGACGCCGAAGAGUACCUGGUCCCCCACGCCUUCAACAUCCCCCCGCCCUCCUACACGCCGCGCACACGGGUCGACUCCAACAGGAACCAGUUUGUGUACCAGGACGGGAGCUUCUCUGUGGAGGAGAUGAUGUCAUCGCACCCCCGCGCCGUGGCUGCUGCGGCGGCGGGAGGGGCGGCCCCCGCGUGCGUCGCCAUGGAGCAGGCGGCCGCGCAGAGCGCCGCCCUGGAGGACCCGCGCUGCAACGGCACCCUGCGGAAGCAGGCCUCGCCCCGGCCAGGCGAGGGGGACAGCGGGGCCCAGCGCUACAGCGCCGACCCCACGGGCUUCCUGUCCGAGCGCGGGCCCCGGGGCGACACCGACGAGGACGGCUACAUGACCCCCAUGAAGGACCGGACGCCCUCAGCAGACUAUCUCAACCCAGUGGAGGAGAACCCCUUCGUCACGCGCCGGAAGAACGGGGACGUGCACGCGCUGGACAACCCCGGGUACCACAGCGCCCCCAACGGGCAGCCCAAGGUAGAGGACGAGUACGUCAACGAGCCCCUCUACCUCAACACCUUCCACAACUCCGGCGACAAGGGCCCGGAGUUCCUGAAGAAGAACGGGGUCCCCGCCCCCCACAGCACGGCCGCCACCACCGUCACGGCUGCCCACCUGCCCCGCCCGACGGCCCAGAGCGGCGGCCACGCCCCCCACCACCCCGCCCAAACGGUCCACGCUCACGCCCCCCACGCCCAGUCCUCGCACCCUCACCACAUGGGGCACCCCGUCCUCGCCCUGCACCCCGGCCACACCCUCCACCCGGGCCACGCCCCUCACCUCGCCCACGCCGGCACCAUCAUGGCGGACAAGAAGCCCAAGAAGACCUUCGACAAUCCCGAGUACUGGCACCACAGCCUGCCGCCCAAAGCCAGCCUGCACAACCCCGAGUACCUGCAGGAGUGCAACGCCAAGUUCUUCUACAAGCAGAACGGCCGGGUGCGGCCGGCCGUGGCCGAGAACCCGGAGUACCUGACCGAGUUCUCCCUGAAGCCCGGCACGGUGCUGCCGCCCCCGCCCUACCGCCAGCGGAACACUGUGGUGUAG